ACAGCCACACCUGGACAUGGACUUCAUGCAGUUUGUAUGUUGUCAGGAGAGAGUUUUUCUCAGUGCCAUAGCAGGUCAAGUCACUAUUCCAGCAGAGGUAAUUGCUGGAAUAGAUGAACUGGACUGUGCAAUCAACACAGAGCUUGAUCAAGUUAAAGUAACACCAUUGAGUAUGGAGCAAGGUGCAAGAGGGCGCCCAAAGACACUCAUUUCCGAGGAGCAAAUAAGCAGCCUGUUGGAGUUGUCGUUCCCUGUACCAACAAUUGCUGAUUUACUUGGGGUGUCCAUCAGAACAGUGCGUCGGAGGAUGGAGGAGUUCAACUUUAGUGUUAGGGCCUCCUACAGCAACCUCUCAAAUGAGCAGCUUGAUGAGAUUGUGUCUGAGAUCAAAACCAGGAUGCCACAUGCAGGAUACCGCAUGAUGAAAGGGGCAUUGGAGGCAGAAGGACACAAAGUGCAGUGGGAUCGUAUCCGAGCAUCACUGCAUAGGGUGGACACCCUUGGUGUGUAUUCCCGCAUGAUAAACCUUGGGUGUGUGGUGAGACGGAGCUACUUUGUUCCAAGCCCAAGGUUUCUCAUGCACAUUGACACCAAUCACAAACUGAUCAGGUACAACAUGGUCAUAUUUGGGGGUAUUGAUGGAUAUUCACGCAAGGUAAAACAACUUGCUGUGUGUCCAGAUUUUAAUCACUGUCCUUUCAGCUGUCUGGCUACUUGUUGCACUACAUCCAUCAGGUGUCUGCAAAUAUCUGUGCUUUACAGUGAUAUGGCGCUGUGGUGGUUAAAAGGUGAUUAUUUGGCAGUGAGAUCAGAAGAUGGCAGGUUGUUUUGGUUUGUGGAAUGAUUUUGAUUUACACUAAACAAAACAAUCUAAAAUUGACAUUGGAAGGUAACACACACUUACUUCCCUAGCCCUGAAAGUUAAUUUUAUUACCCGAUGCUCAUUGUGGACGUUGCCGUGAAGAAGAGAUUUGUUUUUUGUCUUGCUGGUUAGUUGGUUAAACUUUACUAACUUUUUACUAUGCUGAUGGUUCAAAACCAA